GUAGAGCUCAAAAAUAGGAACAUUCGCCAUUUAAUCAUCAUUUCAUUGCGACUAUGGCAGUGAUAACAUUUACGUUGAUUGUCGUCUCGUUUUGGGCAGUAAAGACAACCAAAGCGAACUCAACUUACGUUGACCUGGCUGUAAGUUUUAUCUAAUACUCUUUGUCUCUUUUACAUUUACAAUGUGCAGGAUAGAAUCUUUUCUAAUAUUCAAUAGCUUACAAACAUGUUAGAAUUUUAAAAACAUUUCGUUUUGCACUUAAAUUCUUAAUUAAUGUUUUGCACGUAUAUGUAUUGAAUUCAGGUCAAAAUAGUUAUGAUAGUAAAUUUAAUUAAACUAUACCCAGUAGUUAUACCUAUACACUUUGAAUUAGCAAAACAAAACAAACCAUGCAUACUUCAUGAAUACAUUCACGGUAUUUUCCGGCCCUUAUAUAUAACGAUUUACUCCCUUUGGAGAGGAAUGCUUGCAUGGGUGCUGUUUUGCAAUAUUAAACAAAUAAAUUUUCAUUUGCUCUCCUGUACAGUUAUAUAUAUAAUACGUCACAUUUGUGCAUGCCAUCAUAGAAUUGGAAUUAUAUAUAUGGAAAUGGAGACGAGUGUGGGGAAUAUAUUGCAUAUAUAACUAUAUUCAAUAGGAAUUUUGCUUUAUUUUACCAGGAAUGGAUCCAGGCAUGAUCUGAUAGGGGCCGGUGCACCCCCCUCCCAAGCCAGUAAAUCCAUCCCUGUACUCGUUUGACCGGGGCACGAGAGUUGAGAAACCGUCUCGCUUCUCAACUCUCAUCAACUCUUAUUCUCGUUUGACCAGGGCUUUAAUUAAUCUUUAUAGUGUUUAUAGCUUAUUUUGAAACUACAUUUGCAUUGAAUAAUUACAGUAAAUAAUUUAUAUUAAGUUAAGGCGUCUGAAAUACAUCAUAUUUCGCGCACCAUAGCCAAGGUUAUGGUUAGGGAUAUAUAUAGGCUUGUGAUUGGGGUAUAGAUUAAAGAGAAAUCUAUCUGUGCGCGAAACAUGAAGAUAUUAAAAAAUAAACAUAAUAAUAAAUAGUUACUGUAUAUAUUUUAAUCAUAUGUAUCUACUAUUCAUUUGUACAUGCAUAUAUAUAUAUAUAUAUAUAUAUAUAUAUAUAUAAUAUAUAUAUAUAUAUAUAUAUAUAUAUAUAUAUAUAUAUAUAUAUAUAUAUAUAUAUAUAUAUAUAUAUAUAUAUAUAUAUAUAUAGGUACUGAGUAGAACUUCACUUAUUAAUAGCUAUGACUUAAUCUUAGACAGGCGUAACAUGGAUAAAGGAUUAAAUUGAACUACAUGCAGUACCUCUCUUUCUUAGAUUGCAGACAAUAUAGUAUAAGUCAUAAAGGCAGCAAAACAAAAUCUCAUAUGAUCGAGCCUACUUUAAUUUCGUGUCAGAUGGUUUACCGCGGUAUUGACUAUAUUGUACACAUGUCAUGCAGGCAUGAAUCUAAAAGCAAUUUUCCCUUUAUAUAUUUUUAUAUACAGCUAAAUAAAGAUCCAAUAAACCCAGGAUCAUGCGAUACCCAGUCACACGGGCAAAUUAAACUGAUAAAGGAUAGACUUGGAGAUGAACGCUUGGUCGUUUGUUCUGAAAAUUCUGAUUCUAAAUCUUCAUGGAAAUUCCUGGAUGGUAUGUUUAUAUAGUUAUUGAGUGCAUGCAUGGUGCUGUGUUGAGUGGUAUCGUGUUGAGUGGUGACUUGUAUUGUUGAAUGUGUUGCAUAUGUUGUAUUGAAUAUGUUGUGUGGAAUUGGUGUAAGUAAUUUGUGCUAUGCCGGUUUGUGAUGUGCAUGUUGUGCUGUGUCAGUCAUGCCUUCACAUGCACCUUGUUUGGCAGGCUAUUUCAAACGUUUUCACCACAAAAAUUUAUCUGCUCUUCAAUGGGCGCACAGGACGUUCAACAAUUGGAGAAUAUUUUGAUCCUGCUUAUGAUUGUUCAGACGUCGUAGACAGGGUACCAGCGGCUAAAAGUGGAAUUUACUGGAUAAAAAAUGAAGCUGUCAUUAAAGUUGUUAAGGUAAGCUUCCAUAUUUAAUGAGAACCACCUUUCACUAUUCACUAUUCAGUAUAGUUACUGUUCGGGUUUUUUGUUGUGUUAAGCAGGUGAAAUUCUAAUCAAUUUCAAACAAGUUCAAAGUACGAAUUCAAUUCAAUACAAUUCAAUUCAUAGGAAAUCUCAAAACAAAAAAACAUGACUGUACCUUAAAGUUUUUUAUAAGUAUCGAAUUUGUUGAGCUUUUAAAACUUGAAUCAGGCUUUACGUCAUAUUUACAACAUUGUUUAUGAACGGGGGAGGGAGUUGCGUUGUUGUCUCAAUAAUUUUUGCACAUGAUUGUAGUGUCUCAGAAGUGUUUCAAUUCAGUCUCUCCUGCAUUAAAGUAUCAAACCGGUAUCUUUCUCCUGACAUGCACAUACUUACAAGCACAUUUAUUUAUGUGGAUUUUCCUUCAUAACCUCUCAUCCGUCCGUCCGCAUUUUACCCUGUCAUCCUUCCGUCCGUCCGCCUCUGUCCGUCCGCAUCCGCGUUUUACCCUUGCACCAGCCAGUGUAUACUUUGGUCUUUGAUCCAGCAGCCAUAAUCAUAUACAUGAACGUAUUGUUUUGACAUAAAUAUUGAUCAAGUAAUGGCCUACAUGCGACUAUGCGAGCAGACCCCAACCUCGUUCCCAGAGCCUUUUUUGAAAAUGCGGCGAAGGGAAAGGCCCUGGCAUCGGCUGGUCUUUUAAGUAUUCUGAUUUUAUGCCAUUGCGUACAAAUCUUAUCGGAUUUAAGCAUUUUAUCACAGAUUUUGCCGAAAAUAUUUCUUAGACCGUCAAUGUCAAUGGAAUGAAUAAUUUAUGGUUCAUUAGGAAUGCGACGAUAUUUUGUAUGCAACACUGUUUACAACUUUUGAAUAAUGAUAUAUGGUUUGAUUUUCUUUCAGAGACUAAAAUUCAUUCACAAAUAUUAAUUGUGUUAAAAAAGUGAUUUAAAAAAUGCCCUGGGUACGAGGUUGCAUGAGCAGAUCCUUGUAGAUCAGUUUUGAAUAAAACCGAAUAUAACCGAUGUUCUAUUGCACAAAAAGGCAUGGUGUGACGUCACAACAGACGGGGGAGGUUACUUGCUGGUUGCUAAAAAAGAUGACCCUGUCACCUGGACUGUUCCAUCUUCCAAUGAAACUGUUUAUCCACAAGGAAACCCUCAUUGGUCCAGUAUUUUUGGAGACAUGAAAAUGAUAGAUAUACGCAUCCAGAUUUCUACGACAUCAAGAUUUGAGGACACUAAAGCUGACUGGUAAAGGAAAUAUUAUAAACACUAGAAAAUAUAUUUCUUUUUCAUGCCGGUCGUAUUCAAGACAUUAAAUUCUAUAUCGAAUAUUGUAUAUUGAUAAAAAUGAAACGCGGAGCCAGGGUUAUUUUGGAACAUGAAACAGGAGUAUAAAGGCUCUUUUCCACUAAUCGCAAAAGUGGACUCGCAAGGUCGCCGGCUGCGAGUGCUUUCGUCCAAUCACAAUGCUCAGUUUAUUUUAAUUAGAUGUAAGCACUCGCAGCGAACUUGCGAGUUGAAUCUUGCGAUGAGUGGAAAAGAGCCUUAAACGCGGGAAAAUUGACGAAACGUUUUGCUUUCAAAAAAUGAUCUAUAAAACUAAUCAUGAAACGUAAAGUAAUGCUUUGGAGAAGAUAUAUUGUCAAAAACAUUCUAUGAAAGAUGGAGUAAUAAUAGCAUGCAAGCACAGAUUUUUUUAUUUGGGCGGCUAUGCCUAUAUAUGCAUGCAUGUUAUUCUCGUCAGUAAUUAUCCGUUCACAUUGUUGCCAAAUCAGGUACUGUGAUACUAUAGCUAUAUAACCCGAUAUAAAUGUAGUAUUUUUGUCUGGUAUUGACUUUAAAAUCUCCGGCAAUAAUUAUAUUACUAUAUUCACCUCUGGAUAUAAAACACCAAUGCAAAUUAUGAGUAAGUUAUUACCUGAUCAAUACCUAUGAAAACUUUAUCCAGUCCUUGGACGAACGCUAAUUAGACAGUUAGACUAUAAUUAAAAAAUUUAAACAGACAUGGAUUUGUUUCAGAUAUAAUCACCAUGCAAAUAUCCAAAAUGAAAUAUUUUAAAUAUUAUAUGGUGAUUGGUCUGAUAUACAGAGCAAAUGUUGAUUUGUUGACCUUAAUUCUUGGACUUAUAUAAAUAUACAUUAUUUAACUAUAAUUUGAAUUGUUUUGUGGAAAAUAAUAAUUUUAAGAUAUUGACGUCAUUAUACCUUGAAAAACAAAAUAACAACAGAAAUAUGUAAAAUAUCUUACUAUGAACGAAAUUUUGGUAUAGCUUAUAAAUAUAUAAUUACAUUAAAGAUAUAAAUAUUUGAAAAGAGGUCUGAUUCAAAUCUAUAGGAGUUUUAGACUGGCAAAUAAACGUCCACUUGGUAAACUACUGGUGCGCAAUUAUGGUGGCUGUACUGAACAUAACCCUGGCAUUGGCGAUAUUUCUUAUGUAAAAGAUCUUCUGCUUGGAAAAACUGUUAACACUCAGUUUCGAUGUUCCUUGUUCAGUGCGCAUUUGUCAGAGGAAAUUGGAUGGGUAAGCAUAAUUAAAAGUUCAAAUUUAUGACAUCUACAUGCAAUGAUAGGUAACGCUUAUAGCUAUAGUAUUGCAUGCGAAACUCCUCAGUAUAGCAGGAGAAUUACACAUAUAAGACUGUAUAUUUAUACAAUAUUUUCUGUAAAUAUUUUCCUUCUUACCUUUCUUGAAGGGAAUGAUGAACCGAUGUCUGAAGAUGCCAUGUCCAAAUGGUUUUGCUAUCAUUCAAUAUGGAAGUUCAGUGAAAAUAAAACUCGACGACCAUGGCUCAUUCAGGUAAAUACAUCAAAUUUUAAUACUUUUUACACCUCCGUAGAAUACCUGAUAAAACAAGCCUUUUGGCCUUGUGAAUUUUUCGGCCACCCUAUUAACAGUCAGUAGAAAAAAAUCUGAUAAAUUUUGGAUCACUACGUCUCUCAAAAAGAUCUUUACUAUUGCCAAAGUUUUAAUACAUCAUAGGCUAAUAUACGAAAUAUCACAGAACUGAUUUAAAGUUUAUCGACCUAAAUCAAGAGGAUGGUACAUGAGUAAAUAUAUUAACCUGUUCUUUGCCAUAUCAAUGAAUUUAAAAAUGUACAAUCAGAUCGUUUUAACGCUAUAUGACGACAAAUAAAAUUAAAUAAUAAAAGCUACAAAGCCGCAUGGUUGUUUUACGUGUUCCGUAUACUUCUGCAUGUAUAUCGCUACUAUGAGUCACCGAAACGGAAUGUUCAGUUGAUACAAUUAUUUCUCCUUAACAGUACGAAGUAAGUUUUUAAUUGCUAAUAAUAUUAUUGUUGACGUCAGCAUUAGUUCCAAGUGCAGCUAAGUCUGUUAGAAAACAGCCAACUAUGUACGUGCAGUAUAUAUUAUUAUAAGAUUGGUUCGAAUUUAAUGGCAUCUAUAUAUAUAUAUAUAUAUAUAUAUAUAUAUAUAUAUAUAUAUAUAUAUAUAUAUAUAUAUAUAUAUAUAUAUAUAUAUAUAUAUAUAUAUAUAUAUAUAUAUAGUUUAAGAUUUUGGUUUACGAAACACAAACAGUGCUCAAUACCAUAUAGAUAGAGCGUAAUAUAGUUUUUCGUUUUACCUCAAAAAACCACAACAGUCUGUUUCAUCCGUAUAGGAAUCAUCAGGUUUUAUCCGUAUAGGAAUCAUCAGGUCUGAUGAUUCCUAUACGGAUGAAACAGACUGUUGUGGUUUUUUGAGGUAAAACGAAAAACUAUAUAUAUACAGGGUGUAUAAAAAAAGCGCAAUCCUAGACUGAAAUGUAAAUUGCUAAACAAAUAAUAGACGAAAACGUUAAAGUUUACAUUCAUUUUAAAGCGUAGCCAUUCAGCUUUCUAACAGUGGGUUGUUUCUUAAAUUUGACUCAUUGGUUCGCGGGUAAUAAUACUUCACGUUAUUGCGAUUGGAGAUUAAAAAAAUUGAGAUGGAAUAACAAAUCGUUCUCAUGAAAAUAACUGAUUUUUUCAUUAAAACAAAAAAAUGUUGCAUUUUAUUAAAUGGAUUGUAACAAUAAGUAUAAUUACGGCUUUUCUUCCACUAUUUUUAACUCAGUUUGAAACUUCAAAUGCGAUAUAAUUUUGGCUUGGACCAUCUAAGCUGACUGACAUCAACUUGCUAUAAUUUCUGCUUACAUUACAUCGCAAUUCGAUGACAUUGUGGCUCAGACACCAGAAUGUUUUGACGAUUUUUAGCAUUCGUUUAGGAUUUUCAAACAACCUGGUCUCUUUAAAAAUACUUUUAAUUUGUUCUUACGUGGUUUUCCAGAUGUAGUGACGACAACAUUAAAGUUUAAAGAAGAAAAUUCUAACAUUUAAACCGACUAAACAAUAACAUAGUAAACUUGCAUAAUUAAACAGCAACUAAAAAUGAUAGGUUUUAGGCCUACUAAAUCUUUUCCUGUGCAAUUAUUACUAGCAUUGGAGACAAGGAUAAUAGUUUGUUUGAAAGAGAAAAGAACCGGCUUUGAAGUAAGCCUAAAAGCGUUUAACUAGAAAUAGUAUUUCGAAAGUUAUUAAGCACAAAAGAUGAAUUGCGUUUAUUUUGAUACACCCUAUAUAUAUAUAUAUAUAUAUAUAUAUAAUAUGAUAUAUAUAUAUAUAUAUAUAUAUAUAUAUAUAUAUAUAUAUAUAUAUAUAUAUAUAUAUAUAUAUAUAUAUAUAUAUAUAUAUAUAUAUAUAUAUAUAUAUGCCAUGCAGAAAUACUUAAACUGAGCUGAUCUGCAUGCAGUAUAAUUAUGCUUUGAUGGAUUCUUGUAUUAAAUUGUAAUGAUUAUUUUUGGACUUGAUGUUCAUUUAUAGCUAUACUGCCUAUACAUGAUUGAUAUAUUUUCCUAAUUACCGAUUGAAGAGUGCGCAAGAUAUUGCGCGGAUUUGUCGAUAUAUUCAUUACUUAUUCACACUUAGGCCUACUAAAAUAGCCUAUAAUUGGUACACUUUUAAAUUAGUUAUAGUGCCUAUAAAAAUGCAUCAACUUCAGGAAUUCUGUACAGUUCUACAUCGUUUGUUGGCUGUUCAGACGGCAAGGUCAGUGUAUUACUUAUUAUAUAGUAGAGAGUGAGAUACUGAAAAAUAUACAGUGAGAUAUUUUCCAUAUCUUCACUAGUGAAGAUAUCGAUCACGUGACUUUUUCUAAUUUGCUUUUGAGCGUGAAAUUUCACAAUUUUUUGCUUCGGACCAUAUAAUAAACAGAACAUUGACGGUGACUUGAAGAUAUGACUUUUAUCAGUCUCGUGUUAAAACAAUAUUUUACUCACUCGCUGCGCUCCUUCGUAAAAUAUUGUUUUCACCACUCGAAGAUGAGUCAUAUCUACGUGCCGCCGUGUAAUAUCCUCUAUAUAUAAUUCUGUUAUUUCCUGCAGAAGAUUUUUCUCUGGGAAGUUCGGAUGGUCACGUGAUGCUUUGUGUUCUGUUCUCAUGCAGUAAAACAAAAAUAAUAUGCAGUAAACGCUUCAUUACUCAGUUUACAUUAAAAAUUAUUAUACAAUUGUCAUGCAGCUGCAGAAUCUAAAAAGUGACCCCAUUUUGCCGAUUUCUGCAUGUAAAAUGGGUUUCUUUCUAAAACCAGUUCUCUCCAAAAACAGACGAGCAGGUUUUCUACAUGACAAUAUGUGUCAAGUUUUAGUUUGUCGUCUGCACAUAGGCAACUUUGCUGACGAGUAACGGCUUUUUCUAUGUCAAGUAGAGAACUUGCUCGCCCAUGUAAUUGCCUCAAUAUUUCGGCUAUGCAACCGGCACUAGAAAAAAAGGAGCCUGCAUGCUCGCCGCGCUUAAAUAAUUAUAACAGUCGCCGAUUGAUCUCUAUCUUAAUAAUAUAUUUCCACAGUGCUGUGCAUGCUAUGGACCAAGAAGGGGUACGAAGAACUAUUGUCUGAAGAAUUGCACAGCAAUAAAUGGAGGAACCGUCACAAAAAAUGCUCACACUUGGAUAUGGAUUCGCUCUUCAGUUCCAAAACGUGCUUGGAGAAAAUGUAUUGAAUACAUAAAGACAGACUCUAAUGGAAUAAAGCAUACAUACAGAAUAAACGAAGACACAGGAAUCGAAGAAAAGGUACAUUAUAUUAUCAUUCAAGACCGUCAUUUGCAUCAGUGGCGGAAUUUUACCGGUGCAUGAUAUGGGGCAACGCUUUCUGAAUUUCAGACAAAACUGCAGUUUACACUCAAUACUGGUAUUUUUUUAAUCCUUUUUGGAGUCAAAAUUUCCGCCGACAGAUUGUGUAUUUUGCGUGGCAUUUGAAAUUUAUGCAGAAUCUCCGUGAUAGCAUGCAGUAUAGCCUAGGUGAUAAUUUGGAAUGCUAUAGAUCGUUUGUUUCAAUUUUUCCGAUAGGGAAGUUGUGCUUAUUCUGAAGAAGUUAGAAAAAGUGGAGCGGUAAGACUGAAUGAAUAAUUGUUUAUUUGUAUUUGGCACUUUGCUUACGUGCAUGCUGCCCCUAUAUAUUCAUUUUUGUUGUUGUUUGGACGGUUAUUCGCACUAGUUUUAAUAUUUCUUUUACCAUGACCAUGUUAAUUCUGAAUCAUUUUAAUGCAUGUCAACAUAUUAUACCUUAGGCGUAUUAAACGCGUCGUAUGUAGAUUUAAUUAAGUAAAAGUCAGCGCAUGACGUACCAGAAUAUUUCUUAUUUUCUUAUUGAAUUUCAUAUGAUCAUUCAUUCCUUGUUUAAGUUACGCAUAGCACGCUUGUCAUGUUCUAUUACUAAAAUAAUAAAGUACAAUGAUGAACUUGGAUCCUCUACGUGGCAAAAUCGACACCCGAACUGUAGCUAACAUUUGGCCAUAUCGUAUCGGUCAUUUACUAAUUUCUGUUUUGGUUUUGUAAUAUAUGUACAUAUUUUAGUUAUUAUUGUAUAAAAUCAUAUAAAAUCAUAAUAUAAUAUUUAUAAAAUCAAACCCUGCACGAUGUAUAUAAUCAUUAAUUUUUAUCCCUAAUGGAUCACUAAUUGCCAAACGCCCCUAUCCCUGUCAUUUAAGCUCCCUAUACACCAUAUUAGGAUGCAAUCAUGCCUAUACAGGCGCAUGAUCACACUAAACGAAAUAAAUCUUACUCCAUCCUUACCAUCACAAUCAUCCAGUCUCGCUAUACUAUUGAGUAAGUUACCUCUUGAAGGACCUGCAAAUUUGCUUUACUUCACUAUUACCAAAGAUGAAUAAUAAAGUACGCGGUGUUGGAAUGUCCCGCUAGAACACGACCCUUCUGGUAGGAUAACUUGACUAUUAAUAUGUAUAGUAUAUAGUUACAUCAUUUUUCACUGUCUUUCGACCUUUCAUGCAUUUUUGUUACUGUGUAAUUAGUUAUUUUCAAUAACUUUGUAAUAUUUUGUUUUUCUCUUGGUUUCACAUUAUUAUCCGAACUCCUAAACUCUCCUUCCUUCUCCUCUGCAAACUCUAUCUACCAAAUACCCUGCUGAAGAAGACUGUUAGGUCGAAACGCGUACAGGGUUACCUUUCCUACUCAUUUUCAAUCUCUCGCUCCUAUAUCCUCUCCUUUUAUCGUGUCCCACAAAUAUUUCACCUCCUAUAUGUUUAGUUCCUAUAUAUAAUCGUAGUUUCCCUAGCUUAUAUAUUACGUACAUGCAUGUUCACCCCUGGUUCACUAUAGGAGUUGGAGAAAAGAACAACCAAUUUUGAAUACUGGUUCUCUCAUUAUUUAUGCUACACAAUGUCUUAUACCAGUAUACUUGCCCAAUUACCUAUUUUAUACCAAAAAAGCCUUACAAAUUAGAAUUUGGUCAUAUUUAGUAACUUUACACCCUGCAUGUCGUAUUGUAGGUUUUAGUAGCUCCAAAUGAAAUGGCUGUGAAGAAGAUUCAUUCAGCCCCAGGUCUCUUACUUUAUCGCUCAAAGGAUAAAAAGUUGUUUGUACACGGAGAAAAAGAAUGGAAUGAGCUUGCAAUGGAAAAUGAAGUAAGUAAUUUCUAA